CCGCACCCUUCCCUACACCUUCCUGCACCAUGCUCGCUCGCACUGCAGGCCGCUCGCUGGCCCGUGCCGCCGUGCCCUCGGCUGCCCGCAUCGCCGCUCCCCGCGUUGCCGCCCAGGCCGUGCGCACCUACGCCACGGCUAAGCCCGCCGCCGCUGAGGUCAGCUCGAUCCUUGAGCAGCGCAUCUCCGGCGCCGGCGCUGGUGGUGAUGUCCAGGAGACUGGCCGCGUGCUGACCAUCGGUGACGGUAUCGCCCGUGUCUACGGCCUGCGCAACGUCAUGGCCGAGGAGAUGGUGGAGUUCUCGUCGGGCGUCCGCGGCAUGUGCCUCAACCUCGAGGCCGACAACGUCGGUGUGUCCAUCUUCGGCUCCGACCGUGCCAUCCGUGAGGGCGACACCGUCAAGCGUACCGGCCAGAUUGUCGACGUGCCCGUCGGCCCCAACAUGCUCGGUCGUGUCGUCGACGCGCUCGGCAACCCCAUCGACGGCAAGGGCCCCAUCGAGGCCGCCGAGCGCCGCCGUGCCUCGCUCAAGGCGCCCGGCAUUCUGCCGCGCCGCUCCGUGCACGAGCCCAUGCAGACCGGCAUCAAGCCGAUCGACGCCAUGGUGCCCAUCGGCCGUGGCCAGCGUGAGCUGAUCAUCGGUGACCGUCAGACCGGCAAGACGGCCGUCGCCAUCGACACGAUCCUCAACCAGAAGCGCUGGAACGACGGCCAGGAGGAGAGCAAGAAGCUGUACUGCGUCUACGUCGCCGUCGGCCAGAAGCGCUCCACCGUCGCGCAGCUCGUGCAGACGCUCGAGGCCAACGACGCCAUGAAGUACACCGUCAUCGUCGCCGCCACGGCCUCGGAGGCCGCGCCGCUGCAGUACCUGGCCCCCUUCUCGGGCUGCGCCAUCGGCGAGUGGUUCCGCGACAACGGCAAGCACGCCCUCAUCGUCUUCGACGACCUGUCCAAGCAGGCCGUCGCCUACCGUCAGAUGUCGCUGCUGCUGCGUCGCCCGCCCGGACGUGAGGCCUACCCCGGAGACGUCUUCUACCUGCACUCUCGCCUGCUCGAGCGUGCCGCCAAGAUGAACGACACCCACGGCGGCGGCUCGCUCACUGCCCUGCCCAUCAUUGAGACGCAGGGUGGUGACGUGUCGGCCUUCAUUCCCACCAACGUCAUUUCCAUCACCGACGGCCAGAUCUUCCUCGAGUCCGAGCUCUUCUUCAAGGGUAUCCGCCCGGCCGUCAACGUCGGUCUGUCCGUGUCGCGUGUCGGCUCGGCUGCCCAGACGAAGCUGUACAAGUCCGUCGCCGGUUCGCUCAAGCUCUCGCUUGCCCAGUACCGUGAGCUGGCUGCCUUCGCCCAGUUCGGUUCCGACCUGGACCCCGCCUCGCGCCGCACGCUCGACCGUGGCGCGCGCCUGACGGAGCUGCUGAAGCAGGCUCAGUUCAGCCCCAUGGCCACCGAGGUGCAGAUCCCCCUGAUCUUCGCCGGCACUGCUGGUCUCCUCGACAAGGUGCCCGUCGAGAAGAUCACCGCCUGGGAGGAGCAGUUCCUGCCUUCGCUCAAGAGCAACACGGCCCUGCUCGACCAGGUCAGCGCCGGCAAGCCGAGCAAGGACCUCGAGGAGAAGAUGCGCUCCUUCAUCGAGGAGAACGUCAGCUCGUUCCUCUCCAACUAAGCGUCUCUGAGCCGUGCGCGCGCGCGUGGCGGGCAGGCGUAGUAUGCUGAGGCUACACGGCGAUGGCGCUCUGCUCGUCGCCUGUCCUCAUGCCGGCUCGCUCGGCGUGCAAAUCGACCGUCUGCGCCAGUUCUACCCCUAAAGAGAAUUGAAAUGCACCGUGAACAACAUC